UGGUAGUCAAGUUCGGAUUCAAUAGUUAGCGAAGUAAAAUGAAGAAUAUGAAUUUGACAACAAUCGCUCUCGUAAUAGUUAUUCUGGCAGUAGCUUCAAUGGAGGCAACAUUUUGUGGUCGUUCGGAAAGAGAAAAUGAAUCUCCAAAAAGUCCAAACGAGCACACUGCAAAUUUUGUAGUUGAGAACUGUAAGCCUUUUAUAAUUUUAUGGUCAAAUAUAACGAUUAAACCAGUGAAAUUGAUGAUCGACACUGGAGCAACAUUGACGGUAGUCGCAUCAGAUCUGGUCAACCCUGAUGUAUUGGAUACAAGUGAUCGAGUUUCAAUAUAUGGAAUUGCUGGACCAGACGCCAAAAUGGAAACGCUUGGUGUUGCGCACUCCAUUCUUUCAUUCAGUGAUCACAAAAAAGUCGAUAUAGAAAUACACGCAAUAGAUAAGAAAUAUAUUAGAGGAUUAUAUGAUGGAUAUUUUGGAAAUGAUUUAAUGAUAAAAUAUAAAAUGAAAAUUGAUACUAAGAGGUCAAAGUUGAUAUUCAGAUUAAAUGGCGAUUAUUGAAAAGU